AGUUAAUGCUGUUUCCCCAAAGGAAAAAAGGACAGUGGAAGAUUGCAAAAAGAAAUGGUUGUGUGCGGUUUCUCUUGUAAAAAAAGAGGAGGCAAAGAGAAGGUCGGAGGCAUGCGGGACUGGAGGUGGGCAGCCCCCUUUAAACCUGCCUUUAUGGCAAGAAAUUAUUCUAAGCACCAUCCCCCAUUGUGCUGUGAGUGGAAUAAGUGGGGGUUUAGACAGUGGGAAUGCUAUAGAGAAAGACGCUGAUCAAAAUGUAAGAGUUGGCAGACCAGGCCCAUCAGAUGAAGGAACAAAUACUGUUGGUAACGUCACAGAUGUAAUUUGUAAUCAUUCCAUCACCGGCAACCCAGAUGAAAGUGUACCUAAAGGACAGUCCAAAAAAAGAGAUGACAGUGUACCUAAAGGACAGUCCAAAAAAAGAGUUUGUGAUGUGGAUCUUGCCAGCAGAAUGGUAGAAAUAGAGGAGAAGAAACUGAAGGUGGCUGAAGAAUGCUUGAGGGUUAAGGACGAAAAAAAAAAGUUACUUUUUGAGAGUGUCCAGCUACAAAAAAGGAGUACAGAGGCUUUAGAGACCAUUGCAUCAAUUUUACAAAAACAGGACUUCACCAGCACAUUUUUUGAAACUUGAUUACAUAGAGGAUAUUUGUUUGUUUUGCAUGUAAGAUUGGAAUAUAUUUUACUGAGUGAACACCUGAUGCAAUAUUUUCACAAGUGGUGUAGCCAGCAGUGAAAAAAGGACAGCUGGUGUUCACGAAUGAAAUAUCUAAAGAAUAUUUGUUUGUUUAUUGUGCAAGAUGAAAUUUUAUUUCAUCAAGUGGGCUUUAAAAUGGUAUUCUCAAGACGAGUUCACCCGAUAUAAUAAAAUUUCAUCUUACAAAAGAAAGAAAUUUUCUUUUUAUUUUAUGCUUAAAAACAA